GACCUGCAGAAGAUCGAGGAGGAUCUCCGCGCUGGCACAUCGUCAGCCUUUUCCUCCUCCUCCUCCUCCUCCUCCUGCUCCUCCUCCUCCGUGCUGCUGCUCCGGUCCUCCUCCUUUCCUCCUCUGCUCUCCUCCGUGAGCAUCUCGGCUCCCCGAGGAGGAUCUCGGCAAAGCGGACCGUGGCCGCAUCCUCCUCCUCCUCUCUCUCUCUCUCCCUCUCUCUCUCUCUCUCUCUCUCUCUCCUCCUUCUUCUCCCUCCCGUCGCUCCAGCUCAUCAUCUCCGCCGAACGGACUCCCGAAUCUCUGGACCGCUUCUUCUCCGCGCGCUCCGGACCGGCUGUCGCCCGCGCGCGCUCCGGAUCUCUUCGAGAAAGAGCCCAUCGCAUCGCGCCCGUCCUGCGCUUCUCUCGCUCCCCCCACCAGCCCCCCACCCCCCCUCCUCCCCGCUCCCACCCCCACCCCGCCCGCCCGCCCGCCCGCCCGUGGCCACAUCUGCACACAUCCCGCCGGGUUCUCUCCUCCAGCUGUGGAUGCUCCUCCUGCCCGCUUUGCCGCAUGAAGGAGGUCGCGGCUCCGGCUCCGGGGGACUGCAGCAGCGCUCCCGCUCCCGCUCCCGCUCGCCCUCGCGCCCGCGCCCGCGCGCUCUGACGGACGCCGGAGCUCGUGCCCGUCCCGCUGCUCAGUGAUCCGCGCGCGGGAGACAGAAGCCCCGGAUCCGAGCCCGUCUUGAGCCGCAGGGUUCCGUGGGAAGGGGCGCUUCGGAGCUCGGUGGGAUGAGACUGACGGAAGGUGCCCUGGGCAGGAGGACCGGGCUCCCAUCUCCUCGGCAUCUGCAAGUUCGCGUCUGACAACUUUGGCAAGACUCAGCCAUCCUGCAUGGAGCGAUCCGCGUCCCUGGACAUCGAAGCCCUCAAGAUGACACAGGAGCAGUACAUCCUGGCAGCCCAACCCAACCAGCUGCAGAAGCCCGGGGCGCCUCCUGUCUACCCUGUUGGGAUCUAUGGCUGGAGGAAGCGCUGCCUCUACUUCUUCAUCCUGCUGCUGUUGGUCACCAUGAUCGUCAACUUGGCGCUCACCAUAUGGAUCCUGAAAGUCAUGAACUUCACCGUGGACGGCAUGGGCAACCUGCGCGUGAGCAAGCAGGGCGUGCGGCUCGAGGGCGUUUCCGAGUUCCUGCUGCCGCUCUACGUGAAGGAGAUACAGUCGAGGAAGGACAGCCCGCUGAUCCUGCAGUCGGACCGGAACGUGACCGUGAACGCCAGGAACGACCUCGGGCACAUCACGGGCCGCAUGACCGUAGGUUCCGAGAUGGUUGAGGCACAGUGUCAGCGGUUCGAGGUGCGGAGCAGCGACGGCCAGCAGGUGCUUUUCUCCGCAGACGAGCAGGAAGUCAGCAUUGGGGCGGAGAAGCUGAGGGUGACAGGCACGGAAGGGGCCGUCUUCGAGCAUUCGGUGGAGACGCCGCACGUCCGGGCUGAGCCCUUCCAGGACCUCAAGUUGGAGUCCCCAACCCGGACCCUCACAAUGGAGGCACCUCGGGGGGUGGAGAUGAGCGCUGAUGUGGGAGACCUAAAAGCUACGUGCCGGAAGGAGCUGCUGCUCCAGUCCACAGAUGGAGAGAUAUUUUUAAAUGCAAAAACAAUCCGGCUGGGGAACAUCCCGCACGGCACGCCGCCCACCUCCCUGGGGGCCACCUAUCCCAAGCAGACUGUGUACGAGCUGUGCGCCUGUCCCAACGGCAGGCUCUACCUGGCCGCCGCCGAGGCCGGAUCCACCUGCCAGGCCGUGAGCGGCGUCUGCCUGUGGAGCUGAGGCCGGGUCGCGCCCCCUCGAGCGCCGCCCCAGCCCUGCCCUCCCACCACCAGAGAAGCCUUCCUGCCCCCUCCCACCCCCCUCCCCCGCUGUCCUCCCAACCUCACGACGGAGAAUCAGGAAACCCGCGGGGACCUCGGAGGCCGGCAGAGGAGCAGGAGACAAUAAAUUUUGUACUGUGUUUCUUUUCGUUUGUUCGUUUUUUUAAUUUGAUUGUUCGGAGAGCGCCCCCGACGUGGGAGCGGGAGGGGGCGGAAAUGACCGGACCACAUCUGUGUGAGGCGGCCACCCUGCAGGAGGCGAGCCUGGGAACGGGGACCUGUCCGACGGGACCCAAGUGACAAAAAUUACAUACGGGUGCCUUUGCUAGAGUCGGUAAAGCACAUGACCUGACGCGGACGUGGUCAGGAGCCGGACGCAGCCACCGUCCGCACGAGGACGUCUCCGGAACGUUCCCCGGGCGACACGGACGCCCAGCUCCCCGCCCUCCUACGACAAGCACAAAUCGACAUGUACAUAACGAGUGAAAUAAAGGGGAACGAAACUCGACGGGUUUUUAAAGGUUCUGUAUCUGAGAAUGCUCAGUAGUACUUUAUAUUAUUUAGUUACCACAGUCAUGUCUAUUUUUAUGUGUUUGCUUUGAGGUUUCCCAAUAUUUUCAAUGGAUCUUUUUCUAUGCUUCAUACCAUGUACGGUACAUUUCCGAUGUUUCUAGGAAACUACUAAAGGACUUGUGGCAAUCCCCACCAUGUGCACUAUUUCUCUUCAUUCCCGGUCCAACAGAUGGCAACUUAAUCUGUUUCCUCUCUCAGCUCUGCAUGCAAGGUAAACGAUGGAAAUUAAAUCUUAACCGAAUUUAAUCGCAAAUUAACAUGGAUUUGUGCAUUUGACACGGCUCGGCGGGCCGCCCGGCUCCAUUUGCCGCCGUUCCUUCGCCGCCGCCAGUGUAGUCGCCGCCGGUUCUUCGGACGCACCCGGUGCCGCCACCUUCGGCUCCGCCGCCGUCCUCCACGGGGACGUGGCCACUCCACUCCGACGGCUCCGCCGGGCUGCCGUAAGAGCUGUGACGGAGCCUUCCGGAAAGGCCCUUUUCCACAGAAAUCCCUCCUGCCUUCGACCUCUUACUAGAGUAAACCAAGAGUAGCGUGCCGUUUCUCACCAUCCUCGGGCCCUGAUGUGAGCCAAACUUACAGAGACGGGUUCGACGCCGUGAUGCUGUUUAUUGGAGAAAUACUGCCCGCCCCAGCCCCCGACCCCGGCAGAUACGAGCCGCACGUCCUCGCAGCCACCUUC